ACAUGGAAAUCUAUGAUAGAAAAGGAUCUGAAAAUGUUGUUGCCGAUCAUUUAUCUCAACUUGAGAUUCCUUGUGAUACCAAGAUUCCAAUCAAUGAUUAUUUCAUUGGGGAUUAACUUAUGGCUGCUCAAAAUUUCGAUCCAUGGUUUACCGAUAUUGCAAAUUACCUUUCUCAUGGGGUAAUUCCACAUGGUGCUACACACGCUUAAAAGAAGAAGUUAAAAUAUGACUCUCACUACUAUCAUUGGGCAUAACCUUUUCUCUAUAGAAGGUGUGCCGACAAAAAAAAAGGUGUGUCGAUGGAGUCAUUCGACGGUGUUUGCCCGAAGAUGAAGUUUCAAAUGUCUUGCAUCAUUGUCAUUCCUCAGCAUAUGGGGGACAUCAUGGAAGCUCUUGUACUGCUGCAAAGAUUUUACAAUCAGGUUUCUUUUGGCCCACUAUUUUCAAAGAUGCAAGCAAAUUUGUGAACAACUGUGAUCGUUGCCAACAUACCGGCAAUAUUGGAAGAAAGAAUGAAAUGUCUCAACAUGACAUGCUUGAAGUCGAAUUGUUCGAUGUGUGGGGGCUCGAUUUUAUGGGGUCAUUUCCAAAAUCAAAUGGGAAAGAGUUCAUCCAUGUAGCUGUUGAUUAUGUUUCUAAAUGGGUAGAAGCAGCUGCCACACCGACAAAUGAUGCCAAAGUGUCCUGCUUUGUUGAUAUGCCUCUUCAAAUUUGUGUUUGAGAGAGUAUAAUGGCUUCUUCCUUUCUGUUCUUGAUUUUAAGAAGAAAAGUUAUGGCAAUGGAGAAUAAGAUGGUUGCUCUUCCUUUAGAUUUCAACGGGUUUCUGCAUUUGUCCUCUUCAAGAUUGCAACAUUGUGGCUUGGUUGAGAACAUAGUUGAAGGGGAUCGGAACUGUCAGUAUGGUGGGAAGAUUGUUGUCAUAACAUCAUACAAAGAGACCUGUUUGAUCAUACAAUGAGACAUGUUUCAUCGAGAUUCUACCAAGGACACAAAGUCAAAUAGAGUCAAAUAUUUGAGUUUUUGGGCGGAGGUGCACUAUAAUAUAAUUAUAUUAUUCCUCAUGAAGGAGGUAUCGACCACUCUGAUAAAGGGACUUGUACUUUUGAGGAAGUCAAUUCUAGCUGCUCUCCUACGGUAGCUAGUCAAUUGUAGCUGCUCUCCUGCAGAUAUUGCUAUGGUGGUAUUUUCACCUGCAGAUAAGGUUUAUACUUUUGGAAGCCCAAGUGUCGACGCAGUGCUUAACAAAUACUUUGGUGAAAACGCUACACCAGAGGCAGGUGUGACCGGUGAUAUCAUUCGUGCACAUUAUGAAGACAACAUGAGAAUCAUUACACCCCAAAUAAGUGACAUGGAAUCUCUUGUUCAUGAUCUAACUAAAGAAAGUCAAGCUCACUCUGUAUCUGAAAAAGGCAGACCACUCAUUUCAAAUCUACAAUUGCAGGAGUUGGAGAAUAUGAAACAUAGAUUGGAAACACUUUCUUCUCAAACUUAUGAAACAUUAAAGGAACCCUUGAUGCAAGUUCAAUCUCAUGACCUAGCCACUCCAAUGGAUAGAGGAAGCUUGCAUGGCCUCUUCUCAUAUGUUCGAAUCAAUAGUGACGGUUCUGGACCAAGUGGAACUAGCUAGUUCAUAACUAAAAGGGUUCUUUCAGCACCAUGCAUGGAUGAGGAGAGUUAUUUUUCUAUAUUCAUUUUUGGCUUAAAAUUUCCUAUGUUAUGUGUGAUUGUCAUCAAUAAAAAUGUCUCUAUGUUAUUUUUCUGCAACAAUUAAUGUUUUUAUUUGGAAAGGUUAAGUUAAUAGACACAUGAUUUUGUCUCUAUUUCUUUUUUAAGAAAUUCUACCACUUCA